CGGCCCGUGAGCCCUGAAUCGCUGGCCGCGGAGGGUCUUGGCCAUUUUCUUGGGACCUCUUCAGCUUGACAGGAUGGCGGAGGAAGGAGCUGUGGCCGUCUGCGUGCGAGUGCGGCCGCUGAACAGCAGAGAAGAAUCACUUGGAGAAACUGCCCAGAUUUACUGGAAAACUGACAAUAAUGCCAUUUAUCAAGUUGAUGGAAGUAAAUCCUUCAAUUUUGAUCGUGUCUUUCAUAGUAAUGAAACUACCAAAAAUGUGUAUGAAGAAAUAGCAGCACCAAUCAUCGAUUCUGCCAUACAAGGCUACAAUGGUACCAUAUUUGCCUAUGGGCAGACUGCUUCAGGAAAAACGUAUACUAUGAUGGGUUCAGAAGAUCAUUUGGGAGUUAUACCCAGGGCGAUUCAUGAUAUUUUCCAAAAAAUUAAGAAGUUUCCUGAUAGGGAAUUUCUCUUACGUGUAUCUUACAUGGAAAUAUACAAUGAAACCAUUACAGAUUUACUCUGCGGCACUAACAAAAUGAAGCCUUUAAUUAUUCGAGAAGAUGUCAAUAGGAAUGUGUAUGUUGCUGAUCUCACAGAAGAAGUUGUGUAUACAUCAGAAAUGGUUUUGAAAUGGAUUACAAAGGGAGAAAAGAACAGACAUUAUGGAGAAACAAAAAUGAAUCAAAGAAGCAGUCGUUCUCAUACCAUCUUUAGGAUGAUUUUGGAAAGUAGAGAAAAGGGUGAACCUUCUAAUUGUGAUGGAUCUGUUAAGGUAUCCCAUUUGAAUUUGGUUGAUCUUGCAGGCAGUGAAAGAGCUGCUCAAACAGGAGCUGAAGGUGUGCGGCUUAAGGAAGGCUGUAAUAUAAAUCGAAGCUUAUUUAUUUUGGGACAAGUGAUCAAGAAACUUAGUGAUGGACAGGUUGGUGGUUUCAUAAAUUAUCGAGAUAGCAAGUUAACACGAAUUCUCCAGAAUUCCUUGGGAGGAAAUGCAAAGACACGUAUUAUCUGCACAAUUACUCCAGUAUCUUUCGAUGAAACCCUUACUACUCUCCAGUUUGCCAGUACUGCUAAAUAUAUGAAGAAUACUCCUUAUGUUAAUGAGGUAUCAAGUGAUGAAGCUCUCCUGAAAAGGUAUAGAAAAGAAAUAAUGGAUCUUAAAAAACAACUAGAGGAGGUUUCUUUAGAGACACGGGCUCAGGCAAUGGAAAAAGACCAAUUAGCCCAACUUUUAGAAGAAAAAGAUUUGCUUCAGAAAGUACAGAAUGAGAAAAUUGAAAAUUUAACACGGAUGCUGGUGACCUCUUCUUCCCUCACGUCGCAACAGGAAUUAAAGGCUAAAAGAAAACGAAGAGUUACUUGGUGCCUUGGCAAAAUUAACAAAAUGAAGAACUCAAACUAUGAAGAUCAAUUUAAUUUUUCAGCAAAUAUAACAACAAAAACACACAAGCCUUCUUUAAGUUUAUUAGGAGAAAUUGAUGAAUCUCUCUGUUCAGAGUCUGAUGUUUUCAGUAACACUCUUGAUACAUUAAGUGAGAUAGAAUGGAAUCCAGCAACAAAGCUACGAGAUCAGGAGAAUGUAGAAAGUGAGUUGAACUCACUUCGUGCUAAUUAUGAUAAUCUGGUAUUAGACUAUGAACAACUACAAAGAGAAAAAGAAGAAAUGGAAUUGAAAUUAAAAGAAAAAAAUGAUUUGGAUGAAUUUGAGGCUCUAGAAAGAAAAACUAAAAAAGAUCAAGAGAAUGAACUAAGUUCUAAAGUAGAGCUGCUUAGAGAACAGGAAGACAAGAUUAAGAAACUACAGGAAUACAUAGCAUCUCAAAAGCUAGAAAAUAUAAAAAUGGACUUGUCAUACUCAUUGGAAAGCAUUGAAGACCCAAAACAAAUGAAACAGACUCUCUUUGAUGCUGAAACUGUGGCCCUUGAUGCCAAGAGAGAAUCAGCCUUUCUUAGAAGUGAAAAUUUGGAGCUGAAGGAGAAAAUGAAAGAACUUGCAAGUACAUACAAGCAAAUGGAAAAUGAUAUUCAGUUAUAUCAAAGCCAGUUGGAGGCAAAAAAGAAAAUGCAAGUUGAUCUGGAGAAAGAAUUACAAUCUGCUUUUAAUGAGAUAACAAAACUCACCUCCCUUAUAGAUGGCAAAGUUCCGAAAGAUCUGCUGUGUAAUUUGGAAUUAGAAAGAAAAAUGACUGAUCUUCAGAAAGAACUGAAUAAAGAAGUUGAAGAAAAUGAAGCUUUGCAGAAAGAAGUCAAUUUACUUUCGGAAUUGAAAUCUUUACCUUCUGAAGUAGAAAGGCUGAAGAAAGAGAUACAUGACAAAUCUGAAGAGCUCCAUAAAAUAACAUCAGAAAAAGAUAAAUUGUUUUCUGAAGUAGUUCAUAAGGAGAGUAGAGUUCAAGGUUUACUUGAAGAAAUUGGGAAAACAAAAGACGACCUAGCAACUACCCAGUUGAAUUAUAAAAGUGCCGAACAAGAAUUCCAAAAUUUCAAAACCCUUCAUAAGGACUUUGAGCAAAAGUAUAAGAUGGUCAUUGAGGAGAAUGAGAGAAUGAAUCAGGAAAUAGUUAAUCUCUCUAAGAAAGCACAAAAAUUUGAUUCCAGUUUGGAUGCUUUGAAGACCGAGCUUUCUUACAAGACCCAAGAACUUCAGGAGAAAACAUGUGAAGUUCAAGAAAGAUUAAAUGAGAUGGAACAGCUGAAGGAACAAUUAGAAAAUAGAGAUUCUAGGCUGCAAACUGUAGAAAGGGAGAAAACACUGAUUACUGAGACACUGCAGCAAACCUUAGAAGAAGUAAAAACUUUAACUCAAGAAAAAGAUGACCUAAAACAACUCCAAGAGAGCUUGCAAAUUGAGAGGGACCAACUCAAAAGUGAUAUUCACGAUACUGUAAACAUGAACAUAGAUACUCAAGAACAAUUACGAAACGCUCUUGAGUCUUUGAAACAACAUGAAGAAACAAUUAACAAACUAAAAUUGAAAAUUUCUGAGCAAGUUUCCAGAAAUUUGCAAAUGGAAGAAAACACGGGACAAACUAAAGAUGAAUUUCAGCAAAAGAUGGUUGGCAUAGAUAAAAAACAGAAUUUGGAAGCUAAAAAUACCCAAACACUGACUGCAGAUGUUAAGGAUAAUGAUAUAAUUGAGCAACAGAAGAAGAUAUUUUCUUUAAUACAGGAGAAAAAUAAACUCCAACAAAUGUUAGAGAGUGUUAGAGCAGAAAAGGAACAGUUGAAGACUGACCUAAAGGAAAAUAUUGAAAUGACCAUUGAAAACCAGGAAGAAUUAAGAAUUCUUGGAGGUGAACUUAAAAAGCAGCAAGAGAUAGUUGCACAAGAAAAGAACCGUACCAGAAAGAAGGAAGAAGAACUUUCUAGGACCUGUGACAGACUGGCAGAAGUUGAAGAAAAACUAAAUGAAAAGAGCCAGCAACUCCAAGAAAAACAGCAACAACUUCUUAAUGUACAAGAAGAUAUGAAUGAGAUGCAGAGAAAGAUUAAUGAAAUGGAAAAUUUAAAGAAUGAAUUAAAGAACAAAGAAUUGACAUUAGAACAUAUUGAUGAACUAAGAAGAAACAUAUCUGAGAAUACAGCUCAAAUAAUGAAUAUUCAGGACUUAGAAAAAUCCCAUGCCAAAUUACAAGAAGAGAUCCCAGUGCUUCAUGACGAACAGGAGCUACUUCCUAAUGUGCAAGAAGUCAGUGAGACUCAGGAAACAGUGAAUGAACUGGUGUUAAUAAAAGAACAGUCCACAACCAAGGACUCAACAACACUGGCAAGCAUAGAAAUGGAAAGGCUCAGGUUGAAUGAAAAAUUUCAAGAAAGUCAGGAAGAGAUAAAAUCUCUAACCAAUGAAAGAGACAACCUUAAAAUGAUAACAGAAGCCCUUGAAUUUAAACAUGACCAGCUGAAAGAACACAUUAGAGAAACUUUGGCUAAAAUCCAAGAAUCUCAAAGCAAACAAGAACAGUCCUUAAAUAUGAAAGAAAAAGACAAUGAGACUACUGAAAUCAUGAGUGAGAUGGAGCAAUUCAAAGACAAAGAUUCAGCACUAGUAAGAAUAGAAAUAGAAAUGCUCAGAUUGUCCAAAAGACUUCAAGAAAGUCAUGAUGAAAUGAAACCUUUGACUAAGGAGAAAGAUGACCUACAGAGGUCGCGAGAAGUUCUUCAGUCUGAAAGUGACCAGCUCAAAGAAAACAUAAAAGAAAUUGUAGCUAAACACCUGGAAACUGAAGAGGAACUGAAAGUUGCUCGUUGUUGCCUGAAAGAACGAGAGGAAACUAUUGAUGAGUUAAGAAUCAAUCUUUCAGAGAAGGAAACUGAAAUAUCAACCAUUCAAAAAGAAUUAGAAGCAAUCAAUGAUAAAUUACAGAACAAGAUCCAAGAGCUUUAUGAGAAAGAGGAACAACUUAAACAAAUAAGUGGGAUUCAGGAAAAAAUGAAUGAACUGGAACAAUUGAAGGAGCAUCUGAAAGCCAAAGAUUCAGCACUACAAAGUAUAGAAAGUGAGAUGCUCAAGUUGACUAAUAGACUUCAAGAAAGUCAAGAAGAAAUACAAAUUAUGAUUAAGGAAAGAGAUGAACUGAAAAAAGUACAGGAGGCCCUUCAGAUAGAGAGAGACCAACUGAAAGAAAACAGUAAAGAAAUUGUAGUUAAAAUGCAAGAAUCUCAAGAAAAACAUCAGCUUCUUAAGAUGACAGCUGUCAAUGAGACUCAGCAAAAAAUGUGUGAAAUAAAACAUUUGAAGGAGCAACUUGAGACCCAGAAGUUAACCCUGGAAAAAAUAGACAUGGAAAAUGUAAGGUUGACUCAGAUACUACAUGAAAACCUUGAAGAAAUGAGAUCUGUAACAAAAGAAAGAGAUGACCUUAGGAGUGUGGAGGAGACUCUCAAAGUAGAGAGAGACCAGCUCAAGGAAACCCUUAGAGAAACCAUAGCUAGAGACCUAGAAAAACAAGAGGAGCUAAAAAUUGUUCACAUGCAUCUGAAGGAGCACCAAGAAACUAUUGAUAAACUCAGAGGAGUUGUUUCAGAGAAAACAAAUGAAAUAUCAAAUAUGCAAAAGGACUUAGAAAAUUCAAAUGCUGCCUUAAAAGCACAGGAUCUGAAAAAACAAGAGGAACUAAGAAUUGCUCACAUGCAUCUAAAAGAGCACCAGGAAACCAUUGACAAACUCAGAGGAAUUGUUUCUGAGAAGACAGACAAAAUAUCAGAUAUGCAAAAAGAUUUAGAAAAUUCAAAUGCUAAAUUACAAGAAAAGAUUCAAGAACUUAAGGCAAAUGAACAUCAACUUUAUAAGUUAAAAAAAGAUGUCAGUGAAACACAGAAAAAAGUGUCUGAAAUGGAGCAACUAAAGAAACAAAUGAAAGACCAAAGCUUAACUCUGAGUAAAAUAGAAAUUGAGAACUUAAAUUUGGCUCAGAAACUUCAUGAAAGCCUUGAAGAAAUGAAAUCUGUAAUGAAAGAAAGAGAUUAUCUAAGAAGAGUAGAGGAGACCCUCAAACUGGAGAGAGACCAACUCAAGGAAAGCCUGCAAGAAACCAAAGCUAGAGAUCUGGAAACACAACAGAAACUAAAAACUGCUCAUAUGCAAUCAAAAGAACACCAAGAAACUAUUGAUAAACUUAGAGAAAAAGUUUCAGAAAAGACAACUCAAAUUUCAAACAUUCAAAAGGAUUUAGAUAAAAAAAGAGAUGAGCUAAGGAAAAAGCAGGACCAACAGAACCACCAAGUAAAACCCGAAAAAAGGUUACUAAGUGAUGCACAACAGCAGCUUACAGAAAGCAUGAGAGAAAAGUGCUCUAGAAUAAAAGAGCUUUUGAAGAGAUAUUCAGAGGUGGAUGAUCACUAUGAGUGCUUGAAUAGACUGUCUCUUGACUUGGAGAAGGAAAUUGAAAUCCAAAAAGAGCUUUUAAUGAGAGUAAAAGCAAACCUCUCACUUCCCUAUUUACAAACCAAACAAAUUGAAAAACUUUUUACUGCAAACCAGAGGUGUUCCAUGGAAUUCCAUAGAGUCAUGAAGAAACUCAAGUAUGUGUUAAGCUGUGUUACAAAAAUAAAAGAAGAACAACAUGAAUCCAUCAAUAAAUUUGAAAUGGAUUUUAUUGAUGAAGUGGAAAAGCAAGAUGAAUUGCUAAUUAAAAUACAGCACCUUCAACAAGAUUGUGAUGUACCAUCCAGAGAAUUAAGGGACUUCAAAUUGAGCAGGAAUAUUGAUCUACAUAUUGAGGAAAUUCUCAAAGAUUUCUCAGAAAGUGAGUUCCCUAGCAUAAAGACUGAAUUUCAACAAGUACUAAGUAAUAAGAAGGAAAUGACACAGUUUUUGGAAGAGUGGUUAAAUACUCGUUUUGAUAUAGAAAAGCUUAAAAAUGGCAUCCAGAAAGAAAAUGAUAGGAUUUGUCAAGUGAAUAACUUCUUUAAUAACAGAAUAAUUGCAAUAAUGAAUGAAUCAACAGAGUUUGAGGAAAGAAGUGCUGCCAUAUCCAAAGAAUGGGAACAGGAUCUGAAAUCACUGAAAGAGAAAAAUGAAAAACUAUUGAAAAACUACCAAACAUUGAAGACCUCCUUGGCAUCUGGUGCCCAGGUUAAUCCUACCAUGCAAGACAAUAAGAAUCCUCAUGUUACCUCAAGAGCUACAAAGUUAACCACAGAGAAAUUUCAGGAACUGGAAACUUCAUUACGUGAAGCUAAAGAAAGUGCUAUGCAUAAGGAAAGCAAGAUUAUAAAGAUGCAAAAAGAACUUGAGGUGGCUAAUGACAUAAUAGCAAAACUUCAAGCCAAAGUUAAUGAAUCAAAUAAAUGCCUUGAAAAACAAAAAGAGACAAUUCAAAUACUUCAGGACAAAGUUGCUUCAGGAGCUAAGCCAUAUAAAGAAGAAAUUGAAGAUCUCAAAAUGAAGCUCAUGAAAAUAGACCUAGAGAAAAUGAAAAAUGCCAAAGAAUUUGAAAAGAAAAUCACUGCUAUAAAAGCCACUGUGGAACAUCAAGAAGAAGUUAUAAGGGUAUUGAGAGAAAAUCUGAGAAGAAGUCAGCAGGCCCAUGAUACCUCAAUGAUAUCAGAACAUACUGAUUCUCAGCCUUCAAAUAAACCCUUAACUUGUGGAGGUGGCAGUGGCAUUGUACAAAACACAAAAGCUCUUAUUUUGAAAAGUGAGCAUAUAAGGCUAGAAAAGGAAGUUUCUAAGUUAAAGCAGCAAAAUGAAGAGCUAAUAAAGCAAAAGAAUGAAUUGUUAAGCAAUAAUCAGCAUCUUUCUAAUGAGGUCAAAACUUGGAAGGACAGAGCCCUUAAAAGAGAGGCUCACAAACAAGUAAUUUGUGAGAAUUCUCCAAAGUCUCCUAAAGUGACUGGAACAGUUUCUAAAAAGAAACAGAUUACACCCUCUCAAUGCAGGGAACGGAAUUUACAAGAUCCUGUGCCAAAGGAAUCGCCAAAACCUUGUUUUUUUGAUAGCCGAUCAAAGUCUUUACCAUCACCUCAUCCGGUUCGCUAUUUUGAUAACUCAAGUUUAGGCCUUUGUCCAGAGAUACAAAAUGCAGGAGCAGAGAGUGUGGAUUCUCAACCAGGUCCUUGGCACGCCUCCUCAGGAAAAGAUGUACCUGAGUGCAAAACUCAGUAGACUCCUCUUCAUCCCUUUUCGGGAGGUUCAGCAUUCCUUGUUUGGAAAUGACUUUAUGUGUCUGUCCCUGCUAAUGAUGUCAUAGUACAGCUUAAUUUCAAUUCAGUCUUUUAACUUUACCACUAGAGUUGAAAAAUAAGGGAGGAGGAAACAAUGCCUUGUGGUAAUUUAGAAUGGUGAUAGGAAUUACCUUCUUCUUGCACGUGGUAAUACUUUUAAAAGGUGAAUUGUUUUAUUUAUUUGUAUAUUUUGUAAAGAAUAAAGUUAUUGAAGGAAAUGUAAAGUUAACUACAUGAUUUAGCAUAUUCAAAAGCAUAAUACAGACAUUAAUAUAUUUUAUUAACAAAAUUUAAACAUUUUUAACACCUUACACAUUCAAUAAAUGUUGAGUAGUUAUGAA